GACCGAUCUCAAAAGGGCCAUAGCAUUUUCCAAGGCCCAGCCGACUUUCAUCUCCCUCCGGUCUUCUUCUCACCGCUCCUCUGCUCCUCCGUUCCCGUGGCUGUGUGGUCGUGUCUGGGACGCGACAGCUAGCUGCUGAUCUCUCUGAAGCUGCCUUUCAUUGUUUCGGCUUCCUCUCUUCUCUUCUCUCUCGUUGUGGGCGGCAAUCUGCAACUGCAAACAACUUCUGCUUCUGCUGCCGCUGUCUAUGCGUAGCUGGAGUGAAGGAGCUGGGAAGUUUCAGUGCUUUUAUUGAUCGCGAAGGAGCAUAAUCAGUCGACAUGGUGAGUGGGAAUCUGUUUCACUGUAGAAAGCAUUCAUGGCCCCCCGAAGAGUAUAUCAGCAGAGCAACUUUACAGCUCUUUGAUUUUGAUAGCGCUGCUCCACCAGAACAAGCUUGGCGGAGGAGAUUGGACAGUCACGCAAAUAUUCUUAAGGAAUUCAGUGUCACAUUUAGGGAGGCAAUUAAAAUGGUGCGGCUGGGCAUACGCUUGUGGUCAUAUAUCAGGGAAGAAGCUUCGCAUGGAAGGGUAGAUCGUGAUCUUUUGCUCAUAAUAAUUGUUAAAGCACCUAUUGAUCCCUUCACUAAAGAAAGUUGCAAGCCAUCUGCGUCUCAAGGUGUUCCAUUGGGAGCAAUGGGAAGUGGCAGCAUAUCUAGAGGAUUUAGAGGAGAGUUCAGGCAAUGGCAAAUUAUCCCUGGUAUAUGUGAAGCUUCACCUGUCAUGGCUAAUCAGUUCUCUAUUUUUAUUUCUCGAGAUGGUGGCAAUAAAAAUUAUGCAUCAGUUUUGGCUCCAGGGCAACAUGAAGGAUUAGGGAAAAAGGGCGAUCUAGGUAUAUCAUCUUGGGGUUGGAACCUCAGUGGUGACUGCUCCACAUAUCAUGCUCUAUUUCCAAGGGCUUGGACUGUAUAUGAUGGCGAACCAGAUCCAGAAUUGAAGGUGUCGUGCAGGCAGAUAUCACCCUUCAUACCACAUAAUUAUAGAGAUAGUAGUCUUCCUACAGCAGUUUUUGUUUAUACGUUAGUCAAUACUGGAAAGGAAAGGGCAAAAGUCAGCCUUCUCUUUACAUGGGCGAAUUCAAUUGGUGGAGUUUCUCACUUAUCGGGAGACCAUGUGAAUGAACCAUUUAUUGGCGAAGAUGGAGUCUCCGGUGUACUUCUGCAUCACAAGACCGCCAAAGGAAAUCCUCCUGUCACAUUUGCGAUAGCUGCUUGUGAAACCCAAAAUGUCAAUGUGACUGUUUUACCUUGCUUUGGGCUCUCUGGAGAAUCGUCGGUUACAGCAAAAGAUAUCUGGGCUAUGAUGGUCAAGGAUGGCCAAUUUGACCGGGAGAACUUUAAUUCUGGAGCAAGCUUGCCCUCCUCACCUGGGGAAACACUUUGUGCUGCUGUAUCCGCUUCUGCAUGGGUGGAACCUCAUGGGAAGUGUACUGUUGCGUUUGCUCUUUCAUGGUCUUCUCCGAAAGUUAGGUUCUCAAAGGGAAGCUCAUACCAUCGGAGGUACACAAAAUUUUAUGGCACAUCUGAAAGAGCAGCUCUCAAUUUGGUACAUGAUGCAUUAAAGCAUUAUAAGCGAUGGGAAGAAGAGAUUGAAAAAUGGCAGGCCCCUAUCCUCAAUGACGAAAAUCUUCCAGAGUGGUACAAGUUCACUUUGUUUAACGAGCUCUACUUCUUGGUUGCUGGUGGAACAGUUUGGAUUGACUCCUCAUUGGUGGACGAAAGCAUGAGAAAUUAUCCUAAGACAACGGAGAGAAACCUCGAGGCAAAUAAAUGUUUUGAAAGUCAGCAAAAUUGUGUUGGAUCAAAUCAUCUGACCACAAUAGUUCCCAGUGAUUUGGAUCAAAACUGUGUUGGAUCAAAUCAUGAACCAGGGAUUCAUCACAGGGAGACAGUUCCUGCAGAGUCUUCCUAUUUCUUUAAUUCUAUGAGCCAACAUGAUGAGAGGAAUGACGUUGGUCGAUUUCUGUACUUGGAAGGAGUGGAGUACAUCAUGUGGUGCACAUAUGAUGUCCAUUUCUAUGCAUCCUUUGCCCUCCUCGAGCUGUUCCCCAAAAUCGAGCUCAGUAUUCAGCGUGAUUUUGCUAAGGCUGUCUUGUCUGAAGAUGGAAGGAGAGUCAAAUUCCUCGCUGAGGGAAACUGGGGUAUUCGAAAAGUUCGAGGAUCCGUUCCCCAUGAUCUUGGGACCCAUGAUCCAUGGCAUGAGAUGAAUGCGUAUAACAUCCACGAUACCAGCAAGUGGAAAGACCUCAACCCCAAGUUUGUCCUGCAGGUAUACCGAGAUUUCUCAGCAACAGGAGAUAUGGCCUUUGGGGUCGAUGUGUGGCCAUCUGUUCGUGCUGCAAUGGAAUAUAUGGAACAAUUCGAUCGGGAUGAGGACGGUCUUAUAGAGAAUGACGGGUUUCCUGAUCAAACCUAUGAUGCGUGGACAGUACAUGGGGUGAGUGCCUAUUGUGGUGGUUUAUGGCUGGCCGCGUUACAAGCAGCCGCUUCCAUGGCCCUUCAAUUGGGUGAUAGAGACUUUGCGGAGUGGUGUAAGAGCACUUUCUUGAGGGCGAAGCCUGCGUUUGAAGCGAAGUUAUGGAAUGGUUCUUAUUUCAAUUACGACAGCGGAUCCAGCAGUAAUAGCAAAUCUAUUCAAGCGGACCAACUAGCAGGGCAGUGGUAUACCUUCUCAUCAGGCUUACCUUCCCUUUUCGAUGAGGGUAAAAUAACGAGCACACUCCAGAAGAUUUAUGAUUUUAAUGUGAUGAGAGUUAAGGGGGGUAAGAUGGGUGCUGUGAAUGGGAUGCAUCCAAAUGGGAAGGUUGAUGAGACAUGCAUGCAAUCACGUGAGAUCUGGACCGGCGUGACUUAUGCUGUGGCUGCUACAAUGAUUUUUGCUGGAAUGGAGGAGGAGGGAUUUAAGACUGCUGAAGGUAUUUUCACUGCGGGGUGGUCGGAAGAGGGAUAUGGAUAUUGGUUCCAGACGCCUGAGGCUUGGACGAUUGAUGGACACUUCCGGUCCCUCAUAUACAUGAGGCCGCUAUCCAUAUGGGGUAUGCAGUGGGCUCUUUCCCUGCCCAAGGCAAUACUCGAGGCCCCCAAGAUUAACGUGAUGGACAGGAUCCACGUGUCGCCCAAUAGUUGGAGACCUAAAGGGAAUGAAAUGAGCGUGAGGAGAAUCGCGCCCAAAAGAGGGUGCUUCGGCAAUUCCACCUUCUACUGGGCAUGAGGAAGAAUCCCAGGAUGACAGGGUCCGGCAUGAAGACGAGCUUUGGGAUAAGCAUGUGCCAGCUAGAGCAAGUACAAGAGCGCGAGCCAAGCGGAUUCAACAAGCCAUGCAAACGCUGUUAUUGCAUGUCCAUGGAGGAGAAGUCGAGCUCUUGGGUGGGUUGCAUGUGGAACAAGAAAUCACGACCGUUCAUAACUUAGAAAUUUAUUUAGAAGAUGAUCUCAGUUCAAAAGGCUAAAUUUAGUUGUUUUUCAAUUACUUGGGCCUAUUUUAUUUUUGGGCUCAUUACACUUAGAAUUUAUUUUAGCUCAGUCUAUUAACUCAAUUAGGUUAUUAGCUAGUAUCUCUCUAUAAAUAGGCAUGUGGCCUCCCUAGAGAAGAUAUUGAUGCGAAUCUCGACGAACCUGUCACAAGACCCAACAACAAUAGAAUGAGAACAAAUCCAGGAUCGUCCAAUUAAGGUUUCGAGGA